AUGGAAGAAGAAACUGGUUUUUAUGUUGGUUCUGACUUCCAUCCUUGCUAUGAAAUUAACAAUGUCUCUAAAACACUAAGAAGAACUUCUUCUACAAUUUGCACUUCUCUCUACAUUUUUCUUGGCUUACUAUCUGUUAUUACAGUACUUGGAAACCUCCUUGUAAUAAUCUCAAUCAUUUACUUUAAGCAGCUCCACACACCAUCUAACUACCUGAUUGUCUCUCUGGCUGUGACUGACCUCCUUGUUGGGGUUGUAGUCUUUCCGCUAAGUGUUUCUUUUUCCCUCAGCUACUGUCUGCAUUACAGAAGCUUAUUCUGCAAAAUACGUGACAGCUUUGAUGUAAUACUGAGCACAACCUCGAUAUUUAAUUUAAGCUGUAUUUCUGUAGACCGAUACUACGCGGUGUGUCAACCUCUGAUGUACAGAACAAAGAUAAACAACAGCGUAGUUCUAGCCAUGAUCGUUAUGAGCUGGGGAGUUUCUGUGGUCAUUGCCAUCGGGUUUGUAAUUGCAGAGCUAAACCAGGAAAAGUGUGAAGUUAAUUGUUUUUUUGAUCUUGUCCUUGAAAAGAUUCUAGCCCCUGUUUUCUCAUUUUAUCUACCGGUGAUCAUAAUGCUGUACAUCUACCUGAGAAUAUUUCUUGUUGCACAAAAGCAAGCUUGCAGCAUUGAGAGCACAAGAAAGUCAGGAGAAUCUGCCAGCAAAACAGAGAGGAAGGCCACAAAAACUCUGGCUAUAGUUAUGGGAGUAUUUCUAAUGUGUUGGUUUCCAUUCUUUCUUUGUUUUUCUUUCCAGCUAUUGGGUGGUGUUUCUGUGCCCGUGUACGAAACUCUUAACUGGCUUACCCUGUCUAAUUCAAUGCUUAAUCCAUUUAUAUAUGCUUUCUUUUACAGCUGGUUCAGGUCAGCAUUUAGAGCAAUAGUUUCUGGGAAAAUAUUUCAGGGGGAUUUGACAAGCACCAAGCUCCAUUGA